GGGGCUCAAGGAGAGUCCUGGCUAGAAGGUCACGCGGCACAUGAACUGCGAACUCGCGAAUCUUGAGAGGUAGGGCAGGAAAAGCCCAGACGAGAAAAAGAGCCGACGGGAAAGCCAAGGCAAAAGCAAUCAUGUCUUCGUGCAUAUUUCUCUACUGCUCUCGAAGCUCAGUGAAACGCUGUGUGCCCUCCCGUCGCUUGCUGCUCCUCCUUCGAGAAAGAACCCUUCGCUCGUUAGAGGGCACAGAGCAAACGACAGAAACGCGCGAAAAUGAACAAGGCAGAAGAAAAGGUGCCCCUUUGUUUAAUUCGCUACCGUUCAAGAGGACUCCUCGAGAACCGCGACAGAGAGCAUCGAGGAAGUCGAGCAAAGUCUCCAGACAUCGACAAUGCGUGGGUGUGUGGCUGGGAAGUGGAGAGAGCGAGACCCAGACUCGACCUCGAGGACCGCGUCUGCUGUCUGCCCCUCUUGCUUUUUCUUUCUUUUCUUUUUUUCUCAUGGAGUUCUCCAGACGACCCGCAGAAGGCGCCGAAAACAGUCUGCGGCGGUGUAACGGCCGUCAGCCUGAAUUGUUUUUACGCUUCUACCUUUGGUCGCGUGGCGUGCACACGAGGAAGCGGUCGCUUCAAUUGCGGAUCUGUCUGACUAGCGGGAUUUUUAGAGAAAAUGCCACUACCUGAAUCUCACGAAGAAACGAAAAACAAAGGCGUUUCCCGCUGCAGCGAGGGCUGUUCCGGUGUGCGUCUGAGCGAGCGUGGAGAGUUGAGACGAGAGAGACGUCUUGGGUCUCUUUUUUUUCAGUUUCAUUUUAGACAUAAAAAAGCCUACAAUGUUGCCCCCGGCUUCCAUUAAAUGCUUCUCCCCGACGCCACGCUCCGCGUUUCCCCGCUGUCUUCUCACCCGGCAGGUUCUCCCCGAGACAGCUUACGCCGAUGUUGUCUGAAACUCGAUUCUCUUGUGUUCGGUCCCGAUCCCUCCUUUCUGGAGAUUGUUUUUUCUGCCUUUCGGCGACCUCGAUAUCGCCCGCUUCUCCCUCUGCUCUAGUAGCUGUCCAGCACAGACCUGCCGUCGAGACGCCAUUCUCGCUCUUUCGUCGUUAAGUCUCUUCCGCAGCUCUGUCUCACUCGUCUGCUUGGCGCCAGCCACUAUGGGGGCGAGCGAUUCAAAGGCGGGUCCUUCUUUUCCUCUCCUUCCGUCUCCCGACUUCAAUCCUCACGGACUUCCUUUAGCAGUGAUCCGGUGCGAUCCCGCCCGCUCUCUCCCCCCCCGGCCUGCCGCUUCUCCUGUCGUUUCUUUCCCCCUUUCUUGUUCUCCCACUGCGAGACCGAGCGACUCGUCUCGCUCGCCACCGGGUCCUCACUGUGGAGAGGAAGAAAGCGUUUUCAAGUGGAAGAAAGAAAACACGGACGACUCCUUUUACGUGUAUCACCUCUCCGACGCUGACGCCGAGAAGCUCUUGCGGAGGCACGAAGCUUCCUGGCCUCUCGUUCUCUUGUAUGUCCCGAACAUUCCGGAGGAGAGACAAGCCGGAAGAGAGGGAUCGCUCGCGCUGACUUCUCACAGGCGGGCAAACAACCACCAAAGAGAUGUCCGUGGACACACAGCAAGUAACAAGGCCGAGAAAGAAGAAGCAGACGAAAGUAGAGGAGAAGCAACUGUGAGCACAAGAGGCAGAAACGAGAGCGACGCAUUGUUCGGGCGCUGUCAAGAAGGACGGCAAGUUGGGAGCGCCGCGAGAAAAAGAGACCAAGAGAGGGAGCUGGAGACAAGAAGGAAACAUGGGGAUGUUCCUGUUGUCACCGAAGCAGACCCAGGCAGGCCGUUGCGGCUUCACCUUCGCGCCCGCCUCCGAUGUCCCAGAAGUCAAACUGUCUCUGAUCCCUUUGUAAUUUCUCAACUCCGCCUUUCGUCGUCUUCGUCCUUCACUUCUACUUCGUGUACCUCUUCUUCUCCAGCUUUUCCCUUUUCUUCGGGGUCUCGUUCUUCGACUUCGGCCUCUUCGUCCUUCUCCGGUUGUGCCUCUUUCUCAUGUUCCUCUUCCUCUUCGUCGACGUCUUGUUCAUCUUCUUGCCCCCUGUCUGAACCUGCUUCUUCGUUUGCGUCUCCCCGCUCUGCGCCAGGAGAGACUGCGUCUGUUCGCGUGUAUCCUCUGCAGUCGUCCCCCCUCCGGGAGACAGAGGGCGCCGUGUCUGCUCCCGCAAAGCUCCUCCCUGCAUGCGCGCACAGCACGCGGGUCUCAGGAGCCGGGAAGACGGUCACAGCCGAGAAGAAUUUCGUUCAAAACGAGGUCUUGGACGGUGGACACAGCAAGAGAAGAAACGAGCCACCUGAUAGCGUAAGCUGCUCUUCUUCGGAAGAGCAGUUUCGGACAGGCGCAGGAUGGAGAGGCCAUUCUUCUUGUCCGAGCCGUUGUCGGGAGAAAGAAACCGAUCCUUUGUCCUCACAAGCGUCUUGUGUAUCUCUUUGUGUCGAAAAGGAGACCCUGAAGGCCUUGGGUGGGUGGCCUGGAUGUCGCGCAUUCCUCGUCUCGCUCGCUGCGUUGUUGGAGGAGCUCCGCUGCUCUCUAGCUUUUUUCUCGUCCCUCUGCCUGCCCAGGAGACGAAAGUCUCCGUCGAAUCUUAGACCAAAUGAGAAAGAGAGCCAGAGGUCGCGAGGGGAGACGUCCGAGUCCGUCUCUGGUUCUCCCUUCGGUCAUUCGUCUUCCUCUGCUUUUUUCUUCUGCUCGCCUUCGUCUUCCUCGUCUUCGACUUCCUUCUUUUCUCCGUGUUCUCCGUCUUCUUCCACUUUUUCGUCUGCUUGUUCGAGAGAGAUCAAGUGUGGGGACCCAAGUGACGCUUCUAGGGGCCCCAGGGUUUCUUCUGGGGAGGCUGGUGGGGGGGCGUUGUUUCUGUCUCUUCUCUCAUGGGUGGCCGACCUUCUCCUGACCGAUCUGGCGAUCUUGCGCUCUCCGCCCGCGACUCAGGUGGAAAAACAAAGUGCAGAAGAGACAGAUGAAGACGUCGAGGAAGGCGAAGAGACGAACGUGGAGGACGCGUUCGACUUCAGAGGCGAAGACAGAGAAGGCAAUGAAGGAUUCUCUGUCGCGCAUCUUCUCGUCGUGCUUCUCCUUACACUGAUGGUCCAGAGGAGUCCGCGACAUCUCUCACUGCUUUUCUUUGAGAGCUGGCUGCACCGACUUCGGCGCGAUCCGUCAAACUGGAGGGCGGCGGCGCUUCUCCCUCUCCUGCUCACAACGUCGGAAACCUUUCUUGAGGCCCUGCUCGCCGGCACGCGGGCCCGUGUCUUCCCGUUCCUUGGAGCCCAACUAGCGGCGGUCCACAAGCUUCGAAGAACGUUGUCUCCUCGGCUCUGCGCUCCGGCCUCGGCCGCACGGACUUCACUGCGCAGAGUGGGCGAGACGCCGUCAGCCUCUCCCCAUCAAGUCGGAAAGCGAGGAGAAGAACAAAGCAACACCCGCGCGAAUAUUCACGACGGAGACGGGGAAGACAACCCUGGAACGGAGACUCCUUUCAGUGACUUGUACAGGUUAUGGGCAACUGAGCGAGCCGUGAUAGCCGCCUUGGACAUCUUGUGUUGCUACAUUUCGUAUCGUUAUGUCUCUGCCCUUGAGGUUCUUUCAGUUCUUCCCGGUCGGAGCCUUUCUUCUUCUUCGCUUGCUUCUUCAGGCCCCAGGAGCCCCCCUGUGUGCGGCGCCUCACCAACAAGAACCUCAGAGCCCCGAACGUUUGGACACUGUCUCCUUCACGAGGGACACAAGCCGCAGAGCCGAGGUGGCUCCGAGUCUCCUCGGACGCGAGAGCUCGGCGAUACGCUGGGGCUCCUGGAGGCGGUGAAGCAGGCCCUCCCCAUCGCUCUUGCGGUCGAGCUUCUCCAAACAGAUCCGCAGCUGCAUGCAGAGAUACCAGAAGCUGGAGCAGAGGCCGGAGAAGAGACUCGCGGGGACAGUGGAGGAACAACGCUCGAGGGCACCGAAGCCGAGGGAAUUCCAGAAAGGGACUUAGAACAGGGGACCGCUGUGAGAAACGAGCAGAACAAGACAGGCAGGUGCUCGUGCGAAGAAGCCAAGGGGGGACGCCGCGUUUCGGUUUCUGCUUCGGUGACAGUCUCACUGAGACAAGUCGUUUUCCCCGUCUGUCUGUUUCUCCGAAGGGCAACGCGACUUCAAAACAAGGCGACAGUGCAUGCGCAGGGACAAGAGGGAUUCCUCGAGAAAGAGAAUGUGUUGCUCCCAACUGUCUGGACAGCUGAAGUCGCCUCGCAAAUCACGCAUGUCCUUCUUCCGUUUCCGGCCCUCUCACGAACUCCUCCUUCUUCCUCUCGUUCUUCCCCGCCUGUCCGACCGGGUCUGCAUUCUUCUCUCGUGACUUCUCGGUCGCCGUCUGGGCCUCUGGGACCUCUUUCUGCCCCGGGCGUCCCCACUGCGCCGCUUUCCUCGGCGGAGGCACUUCGUUCCCCACAGCCAGCGGCGCGUCCGCGGCGGGUCUCUCCCGACUGUAGACCGGGAGCAGGCGAGAGAGAAGCAGGGCCAGAGAGGUCGCAUGCACUGUGUGGAUCUUUACUCACUUCAGGAGUCAAACACCAGAGCCGGGCUCUUCGUGGGCUUGACACAGAAAUGAAGCGAUGCGUCUGGCGAUGGGUGUCUCUGCACAUCCAGCUUCGCGCUGUCUUCUCCCAGCCUGCAGUGGCUUCUCUGCGCUUGCAGCGACUCGUGAAGUUCACUGCAAAAGAGACAGAGAGACAGAAAAACGCGUCCGACUUUGAAGGAAGGGGAACGAACAGACGCGCUGAACACCUUGAAAGGUUUGAGGCAGGUGAUGCAGUUUGCGACGAGAGAGGAAGGCAGGGGGGCUGGGAGGGAACUCGAGGAAAAAGGUUAGGCGACGGAGUAACAAAAGAAAGCAGCCAAGAUGCAGAUGAUGACGAUGGUAGGUGUGAUGCUUUUCUUAUCACAGUAAGAAGCGAACUCAGGAGGCACCUGAAGACCAUGCGGAGGGGACAGUGGUGUAGACGCGGUCCGUCAGGUUGCUCGCCGGCGCCUAGCUCAUUCGAGUCUCGUCGCUGGCCUUCAAAUUUCUCUUCUUCCGGGGAUGUGCGAGAGGCAAAAGGCUGCGCUUCUCAGAGCCCCGACGCCUCAGCUGCCGAGCAGGGAGAAACGAGAGGCCACACCGCGCGUGAAGGCGAUUGCAGAGAUGCCGAUGUUCUCCUUUUUCAUCUCUCUUCUCUCGCCCACCUUCUUCAUCUCACCUCACAGUACCUCCAACUCUGUGGCGAAUCGCCUCACACUGCCGCCUCCAUCGUCCGCCUUUUGGGACCCUCUUUCGCGAGCAUUUCCGAUCUUCUUUUCGGAUGUAGCCCCUCUCUUUCUUUCUUCUCUCGUCCUGCCUCUUCUUGUUCUUCGUCCUCUUGUUCCUCUUCCUCUCUUUGUUCUUCAUCGUGCAUUCCUUCCUCUUGCUCUCCUUGCUGUUCGCCUUCUGAGUCUCUCUGUCUUUCCUCCCCUUCUGUCGCGGAUGCCUCAUCCUCGUUCCCCCUCCCUUUUCCUCGACGUGGAGCUGGAGAGGGGCACCCGGCGGGAGGCACUUGCUGCCGGAGGUUCUCCUUUCUUCCGGUUUCUUGUCUUCUCCUGGCAUCCUUUUUCUCUCUUUUGUCACGUUUACUUCGUGCACUCUCUUCCUCGCCCUGCUACGUGUUUCUUGCGUUUCGCCUUCUUCGACUCUUCGAUCUCCUCCCUGUCUCUCCGUCCCCGCGUUCCCCUAACUGUCGGGGUCCUUCGGCUUUUGUGUCUUCAUCAGCGUCGCGACGCUCGCACUCAAGGCGAAAAAAGGAAACUGUACGUUCCCUCCUGUCUCCUGUCGCCUCUGCUCGGCGGCGCGGCGCGGUCUCCCCGCAGCUCCCUCCCGGUGCGAGGAACUUAAAGCCCCAGAGAGGUCCGGCGAACGGAGUAGGAGCAAGAACAAGGGAAGGAAGCGAAGGACGAAGCCAGGAGGAGAGAGAAAAAGAAAGGACGGGGGAGAGAGGAGAGGGGCGAGAAGGGAGAAGAGCGGUGGGAGAGUUUGUGAACGCCGAGAACGAAGGAAACGAUGCUCGACGGUUUUGUAACUGGGGUAUAGGGACGGAAGGUCAGCAGCGCCAUGAGGGUUUCGACUCGAAGCUUUGCGGUCUUUCAUCUUCGCGCGAGCAACUGGAGAACGAGAUGAGUGGCGUCUCUCUCGAGUUGGGAGAGGAAGGCGACCGGAAGCGUGAAGAACUGCGAGGAGGCAGAGAACAUGAGAUUCAAGGCGGGCCGAAGAAGGACGCUCUCGCCUCUCUCAUCUCCCUCCUUCUCCAGCCUUCCCUCGUGAGGCUCUCGCUGCCUUUCGACGAGUCGAGAAGAACAGACAGCCAAUUUCCGUCCUCUUCACCGUCUUCAUCGACUCGGUCCUGCCCUGAGCCGCCCCUGGGCCUCCUCUCUCCGAGGCUCCGGGCUUCUCCGCCAGGACGCGCUCCUCGCUGCUUCCUUGCCGGCCUCUCCCGGGCCCAGGGCGCCUCCAUCGAGUUCGUCGCGGCCCUCACUGCGUGGCUCGCCGCCGCCUGUGACCGCAAGAAUGGCCAUGGACAGUUCGUUCUCGACUCGGCGAGAGAAGGCGACGGAGACGCGGAGAGAGAGCCGCAAAAACCACCAGGAACGGAACGGCAGCAGGCGCCUGUGCGGGCCGCUUCUUCAGCUUCGGAGACACCGAACCUUUCUCUCAGGGACGCGUGUAGGGAUGCCGGCCGGGCCGCGUUUCUCAGACGGCGAGAGUCACUGCGCGGAAAGAGCGAGAGGCGGGCGGAGACAGGGACGGAGACACCUUGGUCUUCCCCUUCACCAGAUGGAGGAGACAUGGAUUUCGAAGAACAUGCGAAACGCCAAGACCCUAACGCCGACGAAACAGGAAGCGAAAGCAGAAAAGGAAGUACAGAAGAAACCGACGAUGAGGAAUUCUCCGAAGAAAGUGGAACUGAAGCACAUGGAGUGGAAGAAGCAGACGAUUUGGGUGACAAACGCUCUCUUCGGUGUCUAGGAAGCGAGCGUCGUUCUUUCUGGUCUCCCUCGGUGGACCGCGAUCAAGCGUACCUGCGGGACUGUGCGACCCCUGCACUCGUCGCCUGGCUUGGCUUUUUUUUCUCGCCGCCCUCUGGAGUCCUUCACCGCCUUCUCCCCGUCCUCCACGCGUGUCUCCUGGCGUCUUUCUCCCGUCCGCUCCGCCCCCAGAAAGAAGAGGAGACUCGCCGACGAGCGCGGGCAGCGUUUCCCCUCUCUGACGCUUCAGGAAACGCAAGUGUUCAGGGCAAUGUUCCAUCCCCUUCUCUCUCCUCUCCACGCGUCGCUCUCUCUGCUGACUCUCGCUCUUCCCUCAGUUGCGAGGCUGGACAGUCGCCUUCGCCGCCGUCUCCAGCACAUGCGUCGAAAAGCCUUUCUUCCCUCUCUUCUCCCCGGUCCUCCCCGCCUCUUUCUUUGUCUCCGCCGUCUUCGCGAGCCUCUCAGGAGUUGCUGGGCAUGUCUCCACCCUCAGUAUGUACAAGUCAACUUGGCGCCGGUAGCAACCGGAGACCAGAUGCGCUCCCGCUGCCGCCAGAGGGGAGCGCCGCGUGCUUCACGGCCUUCGUCAGAGAAGGCGAAACUUUUCCGAAUUCCUCUGCAAUGGCGGAGACACAGACGAGCGAUUUAACAGGCGCCGGAACCUAUCACUUGAGGCGACAGAGUUCUGGAAGAGAACACGAGCGAAACCUGGACGAUUUGGAAGCGGUGAGAGAGGAGGGCGGAGAGGGGGAUCGGACGAGAGAGUUGAGCUCUGCCUCGUUUUGGUGCGAUUCGAGGUCGCAAGAUCGACAAACAGAAAGGAGACUCGCUGCUCUUCUUUUUCAGCUUCUCGACGCCGAGCAAGGCCUUUUGUCUCUUCCUCACUCCCUUGUACGCUUCUCCGGGGCGUCGCUCUCCGCCUUCGUCGACCUCCAUUACUUCCAUUUUCUCCUCGCCUAUUGUUCGCCCUUCGCCUCCAACCAGUCCCUCAGAGGCCUGUCUGAUAAGACAGAAACUUGCACGGGAGACGCUGAGGCGAAGCAAAAAAUCCUUUUUCUUCUCUGCGAGUUUCACCUCCACGCGCUGGUCCAAGUCGCUGCGCGACGCUCGGAGGCCGCGAUGACUCGCCUGCAGCAGUUUCGCGUGUUUGAUUUUCUCUCCGUGCAUCUUCUGUCGCGUUCUGAAGCGUCGCCUGGCGCGUCUACCAGAGGGCCCUCCGGCAUGGCCGCGCGGCCUCUGGACGUUGGCGGAGGGCGGCGCAGAGAGACUCCCGGGCAGCCGCGAGAUUCGGAGCCACGGUCUCCUUGCCUCGACAGAAGGGAUGCAGAGAGGAGAAGGGAGGAGAAGGAAUGGCGGAGCAAUCUGGAGAGAAGCAAGUCGGUGGAGGAGUCCGGGCGCGAGGGAGAAAAGGGCGGCAGAGAAGCAGCCGAACAACGCGGAGGACGCGGAAGACAUGGCGGCGACGAGGGAGACAGUUGGAGAGACAAGGGAAACAUCGCGGAGACAAACCUCCACCUGUCGACGUUCGGAAGCGACGGGGCAUUUUCGAGAGAUGAGGGAGACGGCAUCUCAGCGCCAGGCACUGAGGACUUCCUGCACCGAAAGCCAAGGCAAUGGUACUCGUUGUCAGAAGUGCCUGGGUCUCGUUCGCCACCGGAGGAUUCUUCGGACCCGUCCAAGUGCUCGGAGACCUCUUCUUCCUGUUCUUACUCUUCGUGUUUUUCUUCCACUUCUUCUCAUUCGGUUUCUUCCUCUUUGGACUCUUCUUCCUCGGUCGUCUCUCGUUCUCCCCCGUCUUUGACUCUCUCGCUCUCGCCGCUCUCCUCUGUCUCUUCGUCGGCCUCGAGUGCGAGCUGCCUGCAGCGCUCUGCAGGUGCGAAGAGUAGUCGGCUAGAGUCUUCUGCUUCUUCUCUCUGUGGUUCUCGGUUAACUUCUCCAUCGUCGCAGGCGUCUCCUUUUCUCUCGCCUCAACACCCUCCUGCAGACUCCAUCCUCCCCCUUCCUCCCUCCCCCAGCGCCUGUUUCAGCGGCAGUGCCGAGGCUCCUCCUUCACGGGCGGAGACUCCCCUGGGCGCGGUUCGAUCCUCGACCGUGUCGCCGUUGUCUCUCCUCGCUAUGGCGCGGUCUCGUCGAGCUCCAGAGACGCCCAGACGCAUCGCGAGUUGGGCGCCUGCGACCGGAGACCCCGGAAAGGCUGGUGGCAGCCGUCUCGGCGCGACGGAGACCAGCGUUGGAGACACGACGCGGAAAGCAGAUCAUCCGCAGGAGGCGAAGGGCGAACCAAGAAGGCCAAAGACACACCGCCGACGCGGAACGAAAGACAAGAAGGAACGGCGCAGGGACAAACAGAAGCAGCGAGACGAGGCAGCGGACGAGGGAGAAGGGAGACAGUCUCUCUCCAGCGACGCGAGGCUAAAAGCACCACGGCGCAAAGACCAACCUCGAAAAAAAGACAAACGCCGUCUCGCCUCCUCGUCUCCACUACUGUCUCCGAGACGCGAGUAUGGGGGAGGACUUCCUUCCGGUCGUCCCGUGAGGCCUUUCAUUCCCCCUUUGCGUCUCGACGCCCUCCCGCCUCCUGCGUCGUAUCGGGACCUGCAGCAGCCUCCGUCAGAGGCCGGCAUGCUCAGCUACGGACCCUCGUCGAGGCCCGCCACUGGGGCGCGCGUCUCCAGCCACUUGAGGCCAAGUGUCUCUUCGCGUUUGGGUCGCCGCACCGGCUCGAGGAGACAGGCUGCAGAGGCGCCGGGCGAGGGCGCUCCUCGACGAGCUGCCCGAGGCGGCGAGGCCUCGCUUGGCGAAGGCCAGGACGAGCGAGGAGACCAGCAAGGCGGCGGUGAAGCCGAGACGCAGGGAGAACUUUCGGAGAGAGUCGCGGAAGGGCGAAGAUGUGCGUCUCUCAGGUCCACACACGAUUUGGAGGAGACAGGAACACAGAGUGACACAGAGCAGAGACCCGAGGAAGAGCCAACUGGAGACGCAGAUGGAGACACGGACGCCUGGAGGCAACGAAGUCGAGAACGAAGGGGAGACAGCGAAAGCGAACGCGGAGGCAGUCAGAGGCGAGGAUACCUGGACAGUGAGAAAGAAGAGUUGCCUGGCUGCGGCAAGUCGGAAGCGAGAGGCUUCGGGAAGGCGGCGGCCCAGGGGUCGACACGGCGUGAGCCUCCCCCGCGGGACUCUCGCGAGAAGCCUGUCUUUUCCAAACUCGAAACGGCGCGUAGUGAAACCUCAGUCGACGCUGUGGAACCUCCGAAAAGAAGCGACACACUCGCGUCUCCCUCUGUGUCUGCAUCUGUUUAUCUGGCUGGCAGCAGCCUUGGGUCUGCCUCGGCGUCGCCCGUCGACUUCCUCGGACCCACGCAGGUCGCUGCAGGGCUCGGGGUCUCCUCGCGGAGACAGGUGCGCGCCGCAGGAGACAGAGAGAGAACGCGACCGGGAAAAGCGGCCCAAGGCUUCGAUGAGGCUUUGCCGCUUGACGCUUCUUCUUCUUGCCCUUCGGAGUAUGCGCCGCAGUCCCCAGUUUCGGAGAGCCCGGUUGUGGCGCGGGACUCUGAGAUGGCACCUCCUUCCUCGUUCUCCAGGCACAUGUGUGGAGUGCCGAAGGCCCCCGCUGUCACCAUGCAUGAGAGUUCUCUACCGAAAGUCUAUCCGCCGCAGCUCUGGUCGUUCAUGAAACGUCCUGCUUCUGCGUCGCCUUCUUUCUCAUCUUCUUUCCCACCCUCUUUUGCCCUUUCUGCGCUUUCCAUGAACUACCAGAACGCCGGCGGGGUUUUUUCGCCUCGAUGUGUUCGCCGCUUCGCCGGGGCUUCGGACGCCUUCGCAUCGUCGACGCAUGCGCGGCCCUGUCGUCGCCGGAGACUCUUCUCCGACUGUCUCUCGCUUGUGAGAGACGACGAAGACACCACAGCCUCGGUCUUGUGCAGAAGGCCGCCUUCUGUGGGGCGCGAGAGACCCGCCGAAGCCGAGGAAGCAGGCUGGUGGUGGAGGCCUCGCAGACGUUCUGAGGGCGCCAGACACUCGCCUGGAGCAGAGCGCGUGGAGAAAGAGACAGCAGACGAGGGAGUCGACAAAGGCAACCACACAGAGGGACCGAAGGAGCGAACUCACCGUCGAGUGGGGGAAGGGAAACGAGGCGAAGAAGCGGCGUUAGAGCACGACCAGGAGGUGAACGCAAGGAAAGGAGAGAAUGGAGAUGAGGAAGAAGACGCGCAGGAACUGGCGGAGACGUCUCACCGCCGUUCGCCUCCGCUGAAGGCUUCAACGCCUACUUUCGCCUGUUCUGUUUGCGACGCGACGGGGAAAACUGCUCUGAACACCACACCCCCUGGGCCGGCUCCACCCCCGCAGUUGUCUCUUCCGACUACGUCUCCGCGCCGGUGUCUCCACGUCGGAGACACUUGGCCGAUGGCAACGACGUGCGUUCCUAACGGAGCAGAGGAGAAGGAAGAGGAGAUAGAAAGAGAGCGACAGGCUUCUUCCGGAGAACGCGAACUGCAUGCGAUGUUCAAAUGUGGGGAGGAUCCCUUUCUCAGUUCCGCCUCCGCCGAAUGUCGGCCUCCUUUUCCAGAGACAAGUCGGCCUGCAGGUUCACCUCCAGGGCCUCCGUUGGCUUUUUCAGAGACCUCUGGGGCUCCCCAGAAGAGUGUCUUUGCGACAUUUGGACUGCUUCCGAGGCGGAGGCAGAGCGCUCGUCAGGCAACUUGUAACCGGUCUCCUGCUUUGCUUCCUGGCGCCGCAGGAGUGCGUGGUUCGUGCGUUCCUUUGCCCCUGGCCUCUGCGGUGUCCUCUUCUGCGUCCGUCAAACUUUUGUGUUCGCCUCGCUCUAUGGCCAGAGGCUGCGGACCCUCCACGCAUCGUGUCUUCUCCUGGCAGCCGCGAGCGUAUGAGAAACUUUGUCUCUUGGCUGCUCUCGUCACUCCUCGUAUUCACGGACAACAACGUCUGGAAAAGCAGGAGACAUCCGCUCCUGAGAAAGAUCUUCCUUCCUCCUCUCAUUCUUCGUCUUUUUCUUCGUCCUCUGCGUCCUUUGUUGCUUCGGUGAAGGACGCCUCCGCUGGUGGAGGGAAGGUGAGAGACUUUUUUCUUCCAGAAGCGAAGCGCCAAGUCGGCAGCGAAGGCGAGUGGGAGAGAGGGGCCUCCCGCCCCCCAGACGCGGGCGCCGAAAGCGAGAGAAAGGCGGCGGUGAAAGAGGAGCAGAAUGCGGAGCGGAGAAACUUUCCUUCGACCUUUGACAUGGCCACCCCAACGCCAACUCUCGUUGUCUGGGCAUCCACGCAGGAAGGCAAAGGUUUUCACGAGCAGGAGAAGAAAGCCGAGUCGCCCUCGGUCUCUCUCCUCCCGCCUCUGCUCUUCCCCGUUGCUCCAGGCCUCGCCUCCAUCGCUUCGCGGGUCGCGCCAGGGCUCCUCGUCGUCUGGCGAGAGGCCCAGAAGCUCUUGUUGCCUCGCGAGGAGAAAGAAGAAAUUGAGGGACGUACAGAAGAGAGGGAAGGAGAAACGAGAGAAGAAAAGGAAGGUCACACUUGUGAACGAGACAAGAGAAAGAGGGUCAAAGGAGAAAGAGGUGGAGGAGGAAUCUGGACACCGAGAACCCCGCGGCGUCCCUGCAGGGCCUCAUCAUUCUCCUGCAAGCAUCCCCGUUGUGGCAAUCGGUUUUACUCGCGUGAGUCACACGAGUGUUCCGACGCCUCCACGCGACCGCCUGACUUGUCUGUCUUCUGUCUCUCGGCCUCUGCGUUCGCCUCGUCUCUGCUUUUUGGAGAACUGUCUCUCGUCUCCUCUUCGCCCAGUCUCGUCUCUGCGAACACUGACAGACACCGAGGCGAGGCUCCACAAGCACCGCCCGGCGACCUCGAGGGACCUUCUCUCGAGAACCUGAUCGCGGGUGCGUUGGCGGCGCAGAGCGAGCAGACGCUGUGUCGCGAGGCGCCUCUGCAUGCAGCAGCGGUUGUUCUGUUUGUCUCGCUUCUGAUUCAAGACAAGCGAGGCUUGCUCUCCGAUUUCGACGGCAGCGAGGGCCUAGACGCACUUAUGUCUCCGCCUUCAUCCCGCCCGUACGGCUCUCUCGUCUCUCAGGCCGACAGCGUCUUGUCUGUUGCUCCUCCGUCUCUGACAUCAAGACGAGAAGCCGGAAGUCUUCCUGUGUCUCCAUCCGCAGAGAGAUGUUGUGACAAAGACGUGGAUGUGAAGGGGAGCGAGACGGGACUCGACGGCCCAACAAGGCGAGAAGAAGACCGGCGAGGAGAGGGCGCGAGGACUCAAGGUUUCUCUUGCCAAAACGAGCGAAACAGAGGAAGCACAGAAGGCGGAAGGAAGCAUGAGAGGAAGGAAGAGAAGGAAGAGGCCAGGAAGGAGGAAGAGCAGGAAAGAAGCAAUGGAGACGAGACGGCGCAUUUCCACUCGGCGAGAAGUUUACUUUUCCCUUCAGUUUCUCCCUCGCGUUCGUUGGGCUCAACGCUCUGCUCUCCUGGACGAGGCACUCCAGGUGGAUAUACACUGGGAUUCGCGCAUGUCCUUCCUCUGCUCCAGCAUCACCUUUCCUUCUCCUCUUCCUCACGACAAGCAGGCAUUCUCUCCGCUAUGUCAAGCGAGCGACGAGGCCAGAAGACAGAUGCGGGAGAGAGACAUCCGAGGCGGGGCAGGGAACAGAACAUGCAGGGAGAGAAGAGCACGAAGCGCAGAAGAGAGGAGAGGAGAGCUGUGUGUCGGAGAUCGACUGUACGGACACCGUUGCGAGACGCGAUGCCUUCUCCAUGGAGCUUGCACUGUUCUUCCGAUAAAGGCAGAAACGCGCGAGAAAAGGAAGAGCGAGAAGAGAGAGAAGAAGCGACUCGUAAAGAAUUCCUUCGCCUCCUGGUCUGUUUUACUCAACGCCACCUAGGUCUCCCCGGCUGUCGUCUCCUCAAGCUUCUACAUGCGGGACUCUUUCUUCACAUGCCUGCGACUCAGGAGUCGAAAAUAGGAACAGGAAUGUAUGGCAGUGUGUCGAAAUGUGCGACGGUCUUUCCUGAGAUUCCGUUCGUCGCGGUCAAGCGCGUUUCUGCUCCUAUUGAUGAGAAAAGCCACUUGAUUUUCAGUUCGAUCUUCCACGAGGUGAUCUGCUUGGACGCCUUCCGCCUGGCGACUCCGCUCCUCUCCGAGUUGUUUGAUUUCGGCCUCUGUGCAUGCGACGGACUCCUCACCUACACGAUCAACAUGAAGCUGUAUGGGUCGACGUUGGGGGAAUGGCGCCGGGGCAUCUGGGCGCAGGCUUCUUCUCAGUCCUGGAUCUCUCUCCUCCAGUCCUCCGGGGAACCAGAGAAAGACGAAGAGCCGAGGGAGGCAGAACCUGUGGACCAGGAGGAGUCUGUCGAGUUCCAGCGAGCUCUGCUUCCGCUUCUGCUCGGGAUUUUCCGUCAAAUUGCAUGCGCCGUCGCGACCUUGCAUGCACGCGGCGUCCUGCACUGCGAUUUGAAAUGCGACAACGUCCUCGUCGACUUCUCCACUGCGCUUCCCGUCCCCCUCCAGUGUGCGCGCCGCAGCAGAAGCCUGGAAGAAGCUGAUUGGAGUCGAGGCCAGCAAAGAGACGGCAGUAAGGAGCUGACGGCGCCUGAGAGGAGCCGAGGCGCCUUGCAUGCACAGGCGAAGGUCGGCGACGAAGAGUCGAGGGAAGACGAGGUCGGCCGAUGCGUCACAUGCGACGUCAACACUCACGAGUUCUCUGCACUCUUCCCUCGUCUUUCACUGUCUCCGACACAGACGCCUCGCUCCUCACGGCCUGCUCCGACCGACGAGGAAACCCGCGAAGCGUCUCCUGCUCUCGCGCCUGUGCGGCUGUCGAGCGGCGUUCUGCUGAUGCCGCGGGUGGCUUUGUCGGACUUUGGGGAAGCCUGCGUCCUGACGAAGAAGUCGGCGCAGCCGAAGACGAGGUCGAGGGGGACGGAAGUGAACAAGAGCCCUGAGCUUCUUCAAGUGACCGUCCUCCAGGCUGAGGACUCGGACGAAUGCCAAGAAGAAUUUGAAGAAGCCGCCAAAGAUGUUGAGACUGCACGCGGAGAGCAGGCGGCGCAGAGGUUUUCCGGGGAGCCAGAGGCGAGUGGCGAGAGGCCAGCGCAAAAGGAGCAGCCUGCCGCCUCAAGUGUCUCUCGAGGCCCUUUGCAUCUGCUGUCUUCUCCUUUGGAGUCGAGCACCUCGUGUGAAGCUUUUUCGUCGUCUGUGGCCGCUGCGAAGCAGGUCGAAGACAUCUCUGUCUCACCUAUCGUUCCAGCUUUGGGAUUGCCCUCUUCGCGCCGUCGAACCGGCUCGGAAAGAAACUCGAGCUUGGCCAUGGCCGCCGACAUCUGGGCGCUGGGCUGUCUGUUCUUCGAGCUGGUCACUAGGCAGUUCCUAUUCUUCAGCAAUCCUGGUUUCUACCUGCGACUCUCUGGGCGCCUUCCGCUCUUCGACGACGCCUCGCGCGAGCUCUUGAACGCCAUCCAUCCGAUGCUCCUGCCCUUUCUCCAUCUUCUCCUGCGCAGAGAGGCCGCCAGGCGCCCCUCCGCCAGCGACGUCGUCGCUCUCGUGGACGCGCUUCUGCUCGCGGUGGUCGAAUCGAGGACGGCAGACUUUCGUGGAUCCAGGAGCGCGGAAGACUGCAGAGGAAACUGCAGGAGCAAAGACGAAGGAACAGCUGUGAAGAGAAGCUGUGACUUGAGAGGAGACAGGGAAGCAAAGGAUCAGUCUUCCGAAUGUCUCUUUUAUCUGGGAAUGAAGCCGCCGCUGUUGGGCGACACCCGUCAUGCAGAAACGGAGACUUGCGGGAGAGAAGCAGAAGCCACGAGCGAAAGAGAAACGAAGGUCAUGGUGGAGAGGUCGCCUCAACAGUUUCUCCGCGAAGGUAGAUGCGCGCUCGCUGAGCCAAAUGCAUCAGGCAACUUGUCGCAUCCGCGGCAGCAGCGAAGUCUAGAAACUCGAGACGACGAUGUUCGCUUUUCCAGAGACAGAAACAAGCAGGAAAGAAGAAAGACGGACCGGAGUCGUUGCUGUCUCGGUCGCGGGAGGGUCUCGACGCUCUCCUCUCUUGAGAGUCGCAGUGCCUCCGACACAGACCACAAAACUCAAAAUGACGCGAAACUAGAGGCAGAAGACUGGUUGACAGAACAGGAUUUGAGUUGCUCCCCGCUGUCCGCUGUCCCGGACUUCCGCCCUACCUACGCUGCACCUGGACGAUGUGCGAGCCUGCUGAGAGUCCUCCGAGACGUCGAGAUUUGGAUGCUUCCAGGGGGGUCCUGUCCCUCGCUGUCUUCUCGGUCUUCCGGUGGCCGAGUCUCCUGGCAAACAUACGCCUCUUCGCUUGUGCCAGGAAACUGUGGACUUGUGCAGGCGACCCAGCUGAGUCGUUUUCUGUCACGUUUCGCCUUCGUCGUGGACUGUCGAAAACCUCCGCGGAAAGGCGUCGAAUCGCAGGAGCGACCCUGCGCGUUGGACUCUUGGUUCGCCUCUCGCAUGGCUCUUCGGGAACUCAGGGAGACGGAGGAGGCGAGAGAAAACCUCCGGGUCAACGAGGCGAGGGAGGGCAACAUGAGCAGCCGGCCGAGUUGGUCCGCGCGCUUUGCGACGCUUCCACCGAGUGUCGCUGGCUGGCGGCGCGUGCUGUCCUUCUCAGCAUUCUGCCUGUCGCGCGACGGGGCUGCAUGCAGAGAAGACGAGAGGGAAAAAGAAGAGACAGCUGAUGCGCGAGGACUGGAAAGUGAAGAAGAGAGUCGGCUCGGAGGAAACGCCGGCUGCUUUUCCGAAGGCGAGGCGUUCUCUGCGUUUUUACCUGUCUUCUUCGAUUUCCUUCGAGAAGCCGCCGCCUGCGGUGGCCGCGUUCUCCUAAUCGACGAAGAGGAGACAGGACAGCCCGGGGAAUGCGGCAGCGAGGGAGGCUUAGGUGGACGGGAAAAGACCAAGGAACAGAAAGAAACGGACGAAGUUGGAGUCAAGGAAGAAACGCGAGAGCACAUUUCGAUUGCAUGUGCCAUCGCGCUCGUCAUGGAAGGCCUCUCGCUCGAUCCCUUCCGAGCCGCCAACUUGCUGAGCGCGCAGUGUAUAUACACCUCCUUGACGGCGGGGACGCGGGGAAUCCUUUCUGCUUUCUUUCAAGAGCGGCUGAAACCUGCGAGCAGACCGACUUUCUUCUCUCAUGCAGGGCGGUGGGAGGCGAACGUGCGUCUUCCCCGUCUGCAUGCGAAGGAACAGUUUGAGGAGUUGUCUUCUUUCUUGCGGUCGCAGGUCGGACAGCCUGUCACCGGUGUCGCCACUCUCGACGACAUGGAGCAUGGGGACAGGAGAACCGGGGCGACGAGGCCUGGUCUUGAGAAGAAAGGCGGAGACAAACAAAUGAGCCGAGUCGAGUUGAACAAUGCCUUCGGGGCCUCGUCACUACACAGCAGCAGGUCGAGUGCAGAUACUUGUGUUAGUCGCGGUUUUCUGAGAACAGGAGAAAAAGACAAAGAAGGAACUCGAGAGAGAAGAGGCGAAGGGCGGACAUUUGAGAAGGAAACAGAAAGAGAGACAGAGUCGUCCUCUGUCGCGUCUCUUUCUUGUCUGUGUGGCUCAUGUGUGUGGAGACUUCCUUCUCGCGCCUCGUCGGAUUUCUGCGUUUCUCCGACUUCUUUUUCCACGCUCGCGGGUGCCGUCGCGUCUUCAGGGCAAGCGUUUCGAGUGAGUCCAAGGCUGAGUUGCUGUUCGUCUGACGACCUCGGAAGCCGCGAUGCACAAGCCACGAAGACGCGAAGCUGUCUCUCUGUUUCUGUCGUCGGCAGUGAUGCAAGGGAGAAUCCGGGAAGACGAGAGGACGCGAAAACGCCGCCUGGAGAGGCUGGGACUUGUGGGGGCGACAUAUGUCCCCUCCGCGAGCUUUGCGGUGUCUACACAGCCCAUGUCCGCGCGGCGUACGGCCUGUCGAGGCUGGCGGGCAUCUCGUGGCGCCUUCUGAUUCUGUUUCCUGGAUCUGCGGCUGCAUGCGGCGACGAAGGCCGAGUUUCAGAGAGGAGACUAGAAAAACCGAAACAUGCUUUGGAUGUCAGUGCGUCGCUUUUCUCGCUUCUGCGCCGCUUGGCUGGAGGCAGCAGAGGAUACCUGGAGUGCACAUACACCGGGUUCAGGGACGCAACUGAAGGACCGCUCGCAAACGCAGAAAAUGUGGUGCUCUCACGGCUUCUUUGUCGCUCCACUGCCGCUGCUUCACCUCCUCAGUGUGUCUCUUCCGGUUGUCCUGCGUCGAGGGGAUUUGACAGCAGAGAGUGCAAAGCGAGCAUGUGCAGAAAGGAGAGCAGAGAACGAGAAGAGCGUCGGGAAGUCGCGCCGCUAGACGAGCAGGGAAACGAGAGAGAACUCGAAGCAACGUCGGCGCUCGCGAGUGUCUGUGACGACUGUGAAUUCGUCCAGCAUCUGCAGUGGAAGUAUUUUCGCUGCCGAAUUUGUCGUGUGCUUUCGUUCGCGCUCGGUCUCCCCUCUGCUGCGGGAUUUCCUGCUGAAGGCAGGUGUGACACCUUGGAGGCCGAGAAGAACGCAGAGAGCGAGAAAGAGAGAACGCAGGCCUGGGAAACGCGAAGCGAUCCUGGAGAAGGCGAGAAAGACGAGAAGGACGCGAGCGACUGGGGAAACAGACACCCAGGUUUCCAGGUGUUAAAGGGACGGAGGUGUAGUCUUACCAAGGACCCAAGGAAGGCAAAGAAGCCGCGGUCUCCUGUCUGUGCUGUCGUGGCUUUCCCAGUCUAUCACGCUGAGCCGCAGGGGCCUUCGACCUUGCAUGCAUGUAAGAAAAUAAGAAAGCCACCUGAAAAGGAGAUUCGCAGCCGCGGGGACGAAAGGGCAGCUGAUGAAAAAAAGGCAGAAGGACGAGAGAAAAAAGAGACAGAGGGCAGUGAAGUAGCCGCGGCGUUUGAAGAACCAAAGGGGAAGUGGAGCCCAUUCCGACAAGGGGACGAGUCGGAUGGUCUCACGGAGAAACUUUUAGAACCGAGGGAGGCUUUGGCCUUCGCGGCGUCGCUUGCAGAGACCGAGAAGCAAGAAGAGCCGAGACAGAGCGAGGAAAGUGUCUUCGUGUGCAGGACGAAAGCAGAGACCAGGAGGCCAUAUAGGAGACAGAGACAGGAGACAGACGAGCUCGGAAAAAUCGAACGUUUUGACAAAAAAAGCGACAACGGCCGUGAAUCCGAAUGGAGCGACUCGGACGGUUCGCCCCUGGCAAGACGUCCCGUGCUCACGAAAUUCCUUUUAAGCGAUUUCCUGUUUCGGCCGAAUUUCCAGAAAGGGAAGGCUUAAACGUUGUCAGGGAUUAUUUAAAGGAGGAGUGGAAGGCGCUCGUCUAGGAAACACAGGUUUUUGCAGCGGGGGAAAGAGACUGCUCAUAUGCGAGCUUAAGGAGAAGCGUCGUUUGUCGGCCCUAAAGGCUUUCUGUGUGUAUCAAGUGUAGUGAGAGGAGUCGUCGAAGAAAGCAGGCUGUCAGAUCUCGGCGUUUGUUUCUGGACUCUGAGUCGCAUUUUCAAAGGAGAAAUCUCCUCCUCAAACUGCCUUUCUGAGACGUGUGUGGGAUGGUGGCCUUCUGGGGAUAAUUCCCAGAAACACGGAUUUCUUUACAGCUGAAAAACGACCUGGGGAAAAUGGUCUACCGGCGCGUUGAGGCCUCGGGAGUUUUUCACGGUUUUUCUUUUUUCAUGUAUCCUUUCUUGAGAUACUGGCGAGUUUCCUCUUUGGCGUGGGAAGGACCCUGCGAUUUCAUUUGUCUGACAGACUC